AUGGCGACCUCAGUAACUUGGAAUGCCACCGUCGUGUUCCCCAACCAGACCGCCUCUCACCAGAGCUACCUCGGCGUCCUCGACGACGUCAACAGGUACAAUGUCCAGCUCAACACCUUUGAGCGCCUCUGGGCAGCUUGGUACCUGUGGAUGCAGAACGACAUCCUCGCAACGGGCAUCAUGACCUUCGUUAUGCACGAGGUCGUCUACUUCGGCCGCAGUCUGCCUUGGAUCAUAAUCGACGCGAUCCCCUUUUUCCGUAGAUGGAAGAUUCAACAGCAAAAAAUCCCCACAUGGAAGGAGCAAUUCGAAUGCGGCGCCCUCGUCCUCUUCAGCCACUUCACCGUCGAACUCCCCCAAAUCUGGCUCUUCCACCCCAUUGCGACCUGGUGCGGCCUUGGCUAUGGCGUACCCUUCCCGCCAGCGUGGAAGAUGGCCUACCAGAUCGCGAUCUUCUUCGUUCUCGAAGAUACCUGGCACUACUGGAUGCAUCGCGGCGCCCACUGGCCGCCGUUGUACAAGGCCGUACACAAGAUGCACCACUACUAUUCCGCCCCAUUCGGCAUGACCGCUGAAUACGCCUCCCCGAUCGAGGUCAUGUUCCUCGGCCUCGGUACUGUCGGUUCGCCUAUCCUCUGGGUGUUCAUCACCAAGGACCUGCACCUGUUCACGAUGUACCUCUGGAUCGUGCUGCGCCUGUUCCAGGCCAUCGACUCGCACUCCGGAUACGACUUCCCCUGGUCCCUGAGACAUUUCCUCCCCUUCUGGGCCGGAGCCGAGCACCACGAUGUGCACCACGAGAAGUUUAUCGGAAACUAUGCGUCGAGCUUCAGGUGGUGGGAUUAUAUCAUGGACACGGAGGCCGGUGCCGAAGCCCACCAGCGCAGGCGCGAGGCCAGGAUUGCCAAGGCGAAGAAGGCGCAGUAA